AUGCAGAAGUACGUUACGCUCUCCACAACGGAAGCAGAGUAUGUGGCAAUUGCCGACGUCUUGAAGGAAGUGCUUUUCUUGAGGCAGGUUUGGCGUUUUAUGUUGCCAGAUGCAGGUAUGCCGUGCAUUCCGGUCUUCGAGGAUAAUCAGGGAGCGAUUCAGAUUGCGCACAACCCGAUCACGAACUCAAACUCGAAGCACAUCGAUGUACGGCAUCACUUUAUCAGGGAACUGGUAGAGAGGAAGGAGAUUUCGAUUACGCAUGUGACGUCGGAGUUUCAGCAUGCAGAUUUCUUGACGAAGGCUAUCAGCAAGGAAUCUUUUGCGUUGCACAGAGACUUUGUGAUGAAUUUGCAGUGA